AUGGACUGGUCAUAUAACGAGGAGGACAGACGACAGAUAGACACUAAGAACUCUGGAAUGGAUCCCUCGCGUAGCGAAAGUCCGCGAGGGAGGACAGUGAGGGCUGACGCGUUCGUUGUACGAAUGCACCAGCUGAAUUCUCAGAUGGUAACGAUCUAUGGAUUGGACCUCGCGAAGAUCGCUGCCGCAGUUCUGUAUUAA